CAGACGAACAAACAGGCAAACGCAAUGUGGCACACGCGAUCUGCUAAAAUAUUAUUGGAAAAAUUUCUCCAUUUCAAUAUUCCUUUCAUUUCCGCAAUUGCUAUUAUACAAAGAAGAUAUGUGAUAUUAUUUUCUGACCAUGGGUGACUGACUUGCAGUUCUUCAGGACAUAAAGAGUAAGUCAAACUCUCAUCUGUUUGGAGAUGACACAACACGUGCACCCCGGACCAUCUGAACACACAGACCUGGACACGGCCGCUUCUCUGUACAAACACUGAAGCCGCACAGACGUAAACACCGUCUGCCUCUCUCUCCGAGCGCGCGGUCAUAUCCGAGCGGUCAGGGAUAUGGAGGUCUCUAAACUUUACACGGGCUGGCUCUGCGUCAUUCUCAUUGCGUCUACCAGCCCAGCCGUGACCCUGGGUGCCCUGAGGACGAGACGCGACCUGUUCUCGCUGUCCGGGGUGAUCCGGUGUGUGACCGGACACAGCGCGCUGCUCAUGUACAACAACUACGGCUGCUUCUGCGGCAGAGGGGGGUGGGGGGCCGCACCGGUGGACCAGACAGACAGAUGCUGCGUUGCCCAUGACAACUGCUACGCCCUACCCAGCUGGUUUGGCGGCAUCUUCAUCCUGUACAGCUACAGGUGUGUGGACGGGACCGUCACCUGCACGAGCCGUAGCGCGCUGAGACGCCGCGUGUGCGAGUGUGACAAGGCGCUGGCCGAGUGUUUUGCCCGGUCUCCAUACAACCCGCAGUACAAAAACUACCAGUUCUGCGGCCAGGACGUUGCGGCAGGGACCACACCAGAACCGGAGACCAACACCGGCCGGAACACGUCUCACACCUAGCCUGACUACGGCCCACUGCAGACGAUGUCAAGACUGGCGAUAUCGGCGAUUAUUUUAUCCGCGGUAUCGAGAGGAACUGAUCUUGUUGAUGCAUAUGUACUAACAUGAACCAAUUACAUUGUAUUGUCAAACUUAGAACUACGUACCACCAUAUUGAUAACGUUGAAGGCUGUGAUGACUGCUUCUAUAAUGACAGAGAAUGCUGAGCUCCUACAUUGGACUAAUUUUUUAAUAGUGAUAAAGAAUCCUGGGCGGAAACAAUGAUAAGAUAAUAUUUCUUUUCUUUUCUUACUAGUAAACAGAAAAAAUAAUCUGUCUAGGUCCCUACGAGGCUCGAACUCGUGACCUUCUGCGUGUAAAGCAGAUGUGAUAACCACUACACCAAGGAACCGUGCGUUAGACAUUACGAUGAGUACACUUGUAUGUCUGGAUAGGCUACAUCCCCUAUACGCCCCCUAUAUGACUGAGCACUGAGGCGCAUCCGGGUUAUCGAUGUGUUAUCGCCAUCUCUCGUGCGUAUCAAUGUACGUAUUCAAAACAUGUGCAACACGAAACAUUGCUCUAGAAAUUAAGGCACAUUGCUGCAUUGAAAACGUACUUAAGACAUUACAAAUGUCUUUUCUUUCUCAAGUGUUGAUCCUGGCAGACCAGAUUUUACCUCUCAUGAUGAUCAGAGAUACUGUGAAGUGUUUGUUCAUAAUCGUUGUAUUACUCGUAUCUAUGUGUUUUGCCUCCUCUUGUCAACA